AUGUUUGACACACUGUAUGAAUGCUUCUGGUCAGAGAGUCUGUGGUUGCCUGUGGGCCUAACAUGGGCUGACCUGGAAGACAAAGAGGGCCGGGUCUAUGCCAAAGCCUCCCAUCUUUAUGUGACUCUCCCCUAUGCCUUAGCCUUUUUACUCAUCAGAUACCUGUUUGAAAGAUGGAUAGCAACACCACUUGCAGUUUCUGCUGGAAUCAAACAGAGAGUCUAUCUGAAAGCUGAGGAAAAUUCUAUCUUGGAAUUCUACUAUACUACUCAAUGUCGAAAUCCUGCUCAGGUUGACAUUGAUGGGUUGUCUAAGAAAAGCAGUCUGUCCACGAGACAAGUGGAGCGCUGGUUUAGAAGAAGACGCAGACAGGACCGCCCUGGAGUUCUGAAGAAAUUCACAGAGGCCAGCUGGCGAUUUGUUUUCUACCUGUCUGCAUUUAUUGGAGGAAUGGUAGCACUGCAUGAUAAAGAAUGGCUUUAUGAUACUAGGGAAGUAUGGACAGGUUUUCCCAAGCAGACCAUGCUAGAGUCUCAGUACUGGUAUUAUAUCUUGGAGAUGAGUUUCUAUGGCUGUCUUCUCUUCAGUGUUGCUUUUGAUGUCAAGAGAAAGGACUUUAAGGAGCAAAUCAUCCACCACUUGGCCACUCUGGUCCUCUUAUCCUUUUCCUGGUGUGCCAACUACAUCCGUGUAGGAACACUGGUUAUGCUUAUCCACGAUGCUUCCGAUGUUUUCCUAGAGUCUGCCAAAUUAUUCAACUAUGCCAAAUGGGAGAAAACCUGCAAAACUCUCUUUGUUUUGUUUGCCAUAGUGUUUAUGGUAACACGACUGAUCAUCUUUCCAUUUUGGCUGAUCCACUGUACUUGGGUUUACCCUGUUCUCUAUUACCCUGCCUUCUUUGGCUACUACUUCUUCAACACAAUGCUGGUGGUCCUGCUUUGUCUGCACAUUUUCUGGGCCUACCUCAUUCUACGCAUGAUCAGGAAAUUUAUGUUUGGCACACUAACCAAAGAUGAAAGAAGUGACAAUGAAGAGGAAGAUGGGGACGAAAGCAGCUCAACACAGGAUGAAGUUGAACAAAGGCACAAGCCUGCCGGAUCACUGGUGGCUGAUAAGAAGUAUGACAAGAACGGAGGGUCUAGAUCCUUAUCUCAACCAGAGAACAUCUGCUGGUCAAAGACUGUGUGCUGA